AUGAGUCUCACGCUAUGUGAUACCUUGAUAUCAGGUUCGAUAGAUGCUACCUUGGCUGAGAUUGAUCGGGAGUCGCAGGGCCUAGAACAGGCAGAGUCUAACAACGUGGUCAUGGGUCCAUUCUCCGUGCUGACAUUCAGGCCUGGAUCUGAAUCAGAGACGAGCCGGAGUCAGAGUCAGGAUCAGCCGCUUCUAGCUGGUAAGGUUGUAGAGAACGCGGGUAAAUCUACCAAUACAUUCUUGCCUGGGCCAAUCGCACCAGCUGAGAUGCAGAAUUUCGGCUCUGUUACCCCAUUGACAGAUCCCUUGAGAGGCAUGGAUGACUUCCUGCACUGGAUCGAUAUUCUGGACCUCGAAUUCAACCCUGAAGAUAUUUUCACAUGGCCGGCCUCGUCGACACUAGACACGAUGAACUCAACACCAUUACUAUUCAACCUGCCGUUGGCUGAACCUGACGGCGCACCUUCCAUUACCAUACCACAUUCUCUUCCAAGCGAACCGACUCCCGCCAGCCAGGGACAUCUAUCCUGGACCCCUAGUUCACAGCUAAAUGCUGACAACUCAUCUCAAGCAGCAUCAGACAUCUUAGCCGAUGCCCCAUUUCUGCUCAAGCACCUCCAGAAGAACGCAGCCCCCUAAUGGUGGCCAUACCCCUCGGACGAAAGUCUCCCUGGACA